CGGAGAGGGCCCUCUUUGAGGCAGAAGCUUUCGGACUUCCCUGAGAAGGAGAAAGAAAAGCUGGCUGAAGCUGAGAUCAGGAGACUGCAGAAACAGUUUCGGAUAGCAGCAGGGAAGAGGAAAUCUUAUGGUGCCAACGUGAGGCAGAAAAUGCAAGCUCAGGAAAAAGAAAUAGAGUCGCUGACCCAAGAACACAGAGAGGUGUCGUUAACGCUGAGCCAGAUCGCGUCCCUGAGAAAUGCAGCGCUGGAUGACAGAAAUUGUAUGGAGCUCCAAUGCCUUUUGCAGACCAAAUAUCAGUACGAUUCUCUGAUUAGAGAUAGAAAAGCCCUGUUAGCUGACCUGGACAACCAGAUACUAGAGCUGGAAAAAAAGGUGGUGAGGCAAAACCAGAGAGCAGCGAAGGUGAAGCAAGCGAACAAUAGCAAAUGGCUGCAAAAGCAGAUUGAGACACUGGAGACGCGUCUAAACAAGGUCACUGUGCAUUUCGAUACCAUCGUGACCAGAAAUAACAAGCUCCGAGAAGAGAUUGAAAGCCUGCGAAUCCAGAAAGCCGUUUUGGACAACUUCUACUUGAAGCUCCAUAAGAAGCUGGAUCAGCAGAGGAGAAGGAUGAACACUGCCGUUGAGCAAUCCACACAAGCCUACGAGCAGCGGAUGGAGGCUCUGGCAAGGAUUUCAGCCAUGAAAGAAAGGCACAGCAAAGACACUGUCCAGUACCAUGUCGAGCUGCAGGAGCAGGAGCGUGUCCUUGACCAGGAGACCAAACUGAAAGCCUUCACGCUUGCCAAAUUUACAGAUCGCUCUGAAUUGGAGGAACAGGCCAAAAAGAAAAAAGCCUUGAAGGCAGCCCAGCGGGCCAAGCGGAGACAAGGGGAGAGCUUUGAGAGCCGGGAGGUGGCUUACAAGCGUCUGCUGGAGCUGGCGGAGGACGGGGACAUCGACCGGCUGCUGAAUAGCUUCAUCGAAAAGGAGGGGAAGAACUUCCCCUGCUUCAGCUACAUCACCGAGCUGAACAACGAGAUGGAGAAGAUGCAGUGGAGGAUCAAGGACCUCCAGAACAAAAUUACGGCCCUCGUGACGGACCAGGAGUAUGCAGAGAGCAGCAGCCUUCAUGUCCUGCAGGAGCUGGAGGAAAAACUAAUGGAAACCACUGAGGAAGCCAACCGGUAUGAAGAGAGAUGCAAAGAGACCAGCAAAGUCCUGGGGCAGCUCAAAUCUGGCAUGGAGGCCCUGUUCAAAGAAAUCAACUGCGACGCUACGAAGAUAAUGAAGCAGCUUGGAGAAAACGGGCAGAUCACGGAUCUGAACCUGAUGCAGUUUUUCGGUCUUGUGGAGAAGAAGACCAACGAGCUCCUCCUGAUGGAGUCCAUCCUGCGCUACACAUCGGCUGAGGGCUCGCAUCCGGCCCAGCCCUUCGCCAACCCGCUGCUGCACGGCACCGGCCUCCUCCGGGUGAUGGAUCGGGGCCAGCUCUGCCCGCCGCCCCCCACCCUGGACGGCACUGCCGACGCCAUCGAUGCCUUGGAGGUGCCGCUGGACCACGGCCAGCUGCGCCAGCUGGUUCUCCAGAGCCAGGAGAAGGAGCGGGACAACGCCACCGGCACGAGCAAGAAGGGGAGGAAUGACAUCAAGGUGUGA